GAUGGCUGUAGUUGGUUAAGUGUUUUGACUGGUGGACGUGGUCACCACCACAACUUUGUUUCCACAGUAGUCCAAGGCCAAAAGGCAUAUACGGGGGACUGACUAAAGUCAUAGGGAAGGGUAUAGUAGUCAUUUUGAACUGAAUAAAGACUCAGCCAAGAGCCGCUCGCGUUUGACAUUUCUGUGAAAUAAAAAAUAUAAAGGAUUCUUCAUUCCUGGCGAUUCUGGUUUCAGAUCCAAUCAGUUUGUCGAUGGCGGAUAUCGUGAAGCAAAUCUUAGCGAAGCCGAUCCAACUGUCAGACCAGGUGGUGAAAGCGGCGGAUGAGGCAAGCUCGUUCAAGCAGGAGUGCGCGGAAGUGAAGGCGAAGACGGAGAAGCUUGCUGGUCUUCUCCGGCAGGCAGCGCGCGCAAGUUCGGAUCUGUACGAGCGGCCGACGCGGCGUAUAAUCGACGACACGGAGCAGAUGCUGGACAAGGCAUUCUCCCUGGUGCUCAAGUGCCGAGGGAACGGGAUCAUGAAGCGCGUCUUCACCAUCAUCCCCGCCGCCGCCUUCCGCAAGAUGUCUGCUCAGUUGGAGAACUCCAUCAGUGACGUUUCCUGGCUCCUCCGCGUCUCCGCUCCCGCUGAGGAUCGCGGCGACGCUGGUUACCUCGGCCUUCCUCCCAUCGCCGCCAACGAGCCCAUCCUCUGCCUCAUCUGGGAGCAGAUUGCUCUUCUCCACACCGGAUCCCUCGAAGACCGCUCCGAUGCUGCCGCUUCCCUCGUUUCUCUUGCCCGCGACAACGAUCGCUACACCAAGCUUAUCAUCGAGGAAGGAGGCGUUGGCCCUCUCCUUAAGCUCCUCAAGGAAGGCAAGCCCGAGGGCCAAGAGAACGCUGCUCGUGCUUUAGGCUUGCUCGGUCGUGACCCCGAGAGCGUCGAGCAUAUGAUCCACGGCGGCGCCUGCUCCGUCUUCGGAAAAGUCCUCAAGGAAGGCCCCAUGAAGGUCCAGGCCGUCGUCGCCUGGGCCACCUCCGAGCUCGUCUCCAAUCACCCCAAGUGCCAAGACAUGUUCGCUCAGCACAACGCCAUUCGCCUUCUCGUUGGUCACUUGGCCUUCGAAACCGUCCAAGAGCACAGCAAGUACGCCAUUGUCAACAACAAGGCUACUUCCAUUCACCACGCUCUCGUUCUCGCCAAGGAGAACCCUCUUUCCAAGGCUGUCGACGACGAUCACACCUCUAUUCCCCAUCCCACUGGGAAGCAAAUGCCCAAUCAGAUGCACAGUGUCGUCGUCAACUCCAUGGCCAACCCUCCCAAGAAGUCCACCACGCUCCACAGUAAAGCUGCUGGUGCUGUUGUUAAGCCCCCUUGCAAUCUACACCAACACCAGAAUUCCACUUCCAAGACCCGAGAGCUGGAAGACUCUGCCACCAAGUCUCAGAUGAAGGCCAUGGCCGCUAGGGCGCUCUGGAAGCUGGCCAAAGGCAACUCCACCAUCUGCAAAAGCAUCACCGAGUCUAGAGCUCUCCUUUGCUUCGCUGUUCUCAUUGACAAGGGCAAUGAAGAGGUCAGAUACAACUCAGCUAUGGCCUUGAUGGAGAUCACGGCUGUUGCAGAGCAGGACGCCGACCUCAGACGCUCCGCAUUCAAGCCUAAUUCCCCUGCCUGCAAGGCUGUGGUUGAUCAGGUGCUCAAAAUCAUUGAGAUUGCGGAUUCUGAGCUACUCAUCCCGUGCAUGAGAACCAUAGGGAACCUUGCAAGAACUUUCAGAGCAACAGAGUCAAGGAUGAUUGGGCCUUUGGUGAAGCUCCUGGAUGAAAGAGAGCCUGAAGUGACAGGGGAAGCAGCGGUUGCCCUCACAAAAUUCGCCUGCACUGAGAAUUACUUGCACAAAGAUCACUCGAGGAGUAUUAUAGAAGCUGGAGGAGGGAAACAUCUGGUUCAGUUGGCCUACUUUGGAGAGAGUGGGGUUCAGAUUCCGGCAUUAGAGCUCCUAUGUUACAUAGCACUUAAUGUACCGGACAGUGAGCAGCUGGCGAAGGACGAGGUUCUGGCAGUGUUGGAGUGGGCUUCGAAACAGUCUUGGGUGACACAGCUGGAGAGCUUAGAAGCUCUGUUGCAGGAGGCUAAGGGGAGACUGGACCUGUACCAGUCAAAAGGAUCAAGGGGUUUCAAUUUCAAUUGAUUCAAUUUGUUUCCAUUUUGGAUGUCUUGUUUCCCGGCUUGUAUUUCAAUUGCACGCACGCACGUUUCAAUUGUGUUUCUCUCGGCUUGUUUAAUAGCACCUACGUGUAAAGCAAGAAGAUUAAAGAAUGGAGCUUUUUGUAGCUGGUCUUCUCUUUUGAUACUGUCUCUACUUAUUCCUCUAAUAAUCUGCAGACGAUAUUUGAUGAUUGUUUGAGCCCUUUUUUGAAGAUAUGGCAUGAAUCAAUGACUACAUGUGAAAGUAGAUAAGUCCAUGAGGAUCAUUAUAAAUCUGAUAUUUGAUCACUGGUGUGUGAACCUGUUUUUUAGAUGGGUGGAUAUGUAGACAAUUAGGAGAAAUGAUAAAGCUGUAAUAACUUAUCCUUGGCCUCCCAUUUUCCUUCACGCAAAUCCUAUCACAACCUCAUCGUGCUGCAGUCUCAUUUCCAUCAUCAAAGUCGUCGUUGUCUCUCCCCACAAAAACAUCCUUCGUUGGAUUUUCCUCAACAACGAGAGCACACGGGAGGCGUGUAGUUAUGGGGGAAGAGUGAAGGCUCAGGUGACAACAGAGGUGCCAGUGAAAGUAGUCAAGGAGUCAAAGAAACAGGAAGAAGGAAUAGUUGUCAACAAAUUCAAACCAAAGGACCCUUACACUGGUCGAUGCCUCUUGAACACCAGGAUCACUGGCGAUGAUGCUCCCGGUGAGACCUGGCACAUUGUCUUCACCACCCAAGGUGAGGUUCCAUACAGAGAAGGGCAAUCGAUAGGAGUGAUUCCAGAAGGAAUUGACAAGAACGGGAAGCCCCACAAGCUGAGGUUAUACUCUAUAGCCAGCAGUGCCAUUGGUGACUUUGGAGACUCCAAAACCGCGACUUGAAGCCGGGUGAUGAGGCAAAGAUCACUGGACCAGUUGGAAAGGAAAUGCUUAUGCCUAAAGACCCAAAUGCCACCAUCAUCAUGGUAUUUUGUCAUAUAAUAUAAAUGGAUAAUCAACAUUCCUUGUGAUUAUUACUUGUUUGUUCUCGGUUUGCUUUAUAGCUUGCAACAGGAACUGGAAUAGCUCCAUUUAGAUCAUUUUUGUGGAAAAUGUUCUUUGAGGAGCACGAGGACUACAAGUUCAAUGGUUUGGCGUGGCUCUUCUUGGGUGUACCCACAAGCAGCUCACUGCUCUACAAGGAGGAGUUUGAGAAGAUGAAGGAGAAGAAUCCGGAAAACUUCAGGCUGGACUUUGCGGUGAGCAGGGAGCAGACUAACGACAAGGGAGAGAAAAUGUACAUACAGACAAGAAUGGCAGAGUAUGCACAAGAGCUGUGGGAGUUGCUGAAGAAAGACAACACAUUUGUUUACAUGUGUGGCCUCAAGGGUAUGGAGAAAGGGAUCGAUUGGUUAGAGUACAAGAAGCAAUUGAAGAGGAGUGAGCAGUGGAAUGUGGAAGUUUACUAAGCAGAGCUUGUGAGGGGUUUUAUUAUGUAGAUAAAGGAGCUGAUGCCAUUGGUCAAUUCUUCGUUUCUGCAUCUUUAUUCUUCCUUGCGAGAAUAUUAUAUAGUGGAAUACAAUCAUGGCGCUACAACCAACAAA